AACUUUGCCAGUGUAGGAUUCUGCAAGAUCACUGCAUUCUGUCAAGUUUCAAAAGUGUCUCUCCCUUCCCUGCUAAGUUCACAACUUGGAAAGAAAUCCAAGUCAGGGAAAGACUAAAGAGAGAAAUGCAGGCAGCUUGGGUGUCUUUGAAGGAGAAUGUUAACUGCGUAUGCAAGCUGACUGAUGUGGUUAGCCGGGCAGAAAACUACUGUAGGCGAAAGGCUUGUGAUUCUAGACAUGAGAGCUUGGAGAAGGAGCUUGUUCAUCAACUUCGAAAUCCAUUUUGCGAAGCCCUUUUCAGGCCAAACUAUCCUAAAACACAGUUUCAUGAGCUCAACAUUGGUGAUCCAUCAAGAAACAUCAUUGAGUUGAUCUUUAAAAGAGCAUCAGUGGACCCCUCAAAGCCACCAUGGAAGAUCAAAAGGGUGCUAAGAGUGAAGAACUCAAUGGAUGCCCUAGAAAGCUUUGAGGAGUACAGAGAAAAGGUUAUGAGAAAAGCCUACGAGCAACACAAGAGACAUCCAAGAAGCGUGGUGGAUGGCAACGAGCUGUUACUGUUCUAUGGCACCACAAUGGCCUGCUGCAGCAGGAAGCUGAAGCAAGUGUCUGAGCUUUGUAAAGAUCCCAGUUGUCGAGCUUGCAGGAUAAUCCAUUCUAGAUUCGACAUGGAAUUCACCAGGAACAAUGGGAUUAGAUUGAGUACUAGCAGUGAGGAAGUGAGUGACGGCAUGGUUUCUUUCAAGCUGAAGAACUUGAAGAGGGCUGUGAUAGUUUGCAGGGUGAUCGCUGGGAGGAUUUCCAAUACCAUUGAUGGUGUGUAUGAAGAGUGUGAUUCGAUUGGACGUGAAGGGCCACAGUCCAACUUGGAAUAUUUGAUUGUACAAAACCCUUGUGCUGUACUUCCUUGCUUUCUCAUAGUUUUCAACUGAAAUGUGAACAUUUUCUGCCAAA